CUUCUCUGGCAUUCACGCCUGUGCGUUGUUCACCUGUCGUUAGAUGAAGCGUCAGAAACGGCACAGCGCAUCUGUGUGGGGCUGCGUAUUGCGACCGAUGUUGGCAAGCGUGCGGGUGCCUUGAGCCGUGUUAGUCGAUUAGAGGCUCGUAAGAAGGAUAUGCGCACUCGGAGAGAUGUGCUGAGGCUCGGUGGGGUGGACAUCGUGAUAGAGUGCUUAGGAGAUGCGGAGCUCAACGCCAAGGCAGCGAAUGCACUGGGGGCCCUGUGCAUGUCGGAUGAGAUUGCGGCGUAUGUGCUUUCGGAUGACGUGCGGGGUGUUGUUUUGAGUAAGUUGGAAGGGCUGGCGAUGUCACAGGACUAUUAUAAGAUAGGCGACGCCAGCUUCACGCUCGGCAUGUUGGUGCUACAGGUUUCUGAACCGGCGUCACUCUUCGCAGACAUGACAGCGCUCGCGCAGCAUCUGAGUACAAUGUGCACGGUGUCUAUUGGUGCUGAAAACUUCACCGAAUCCCACCGCAACAUGCGAGUGUUUGUGUGUGUGCUUCUGCACAAGAUAGUGGUGGCUGGCUCUUCCACCACACGGGGAAUUGUAGUGGAUUCUGGCUUCGUGGGUGUGCUGUUGAGUAUUCUGCGUAGCCCGCGCUACAGAGACGACCUCCUACACAUCGCAAUCGCAACACUGAAGGUGCUUUGCAGUGACCGGGCUCUGAGACAGCAACUAUUGGAUCUGCGUGUGUUGGCAUGCAUCAUUCGCUUCUCAGUGGCGAUCGAAUCGGAGGCGUGGGGGCUGCUACCUGCAGAAGUGGCGACCAUCAAGGCCGCCGCAGGUGGUAUAUCGGCCCAACUUACCACUCGAUGACAGACGCUUAGGUAUCAGAGCACAGACUAGCACACACGUACAUCUCAGGGGAUGCAAAUAAGGACUCCAAUACGGUGGGUAUGUUGUCUCAGAUUGCGUUAACGCACAGCUUGAGCUUCUCCGUUGUGGCCGCUACCUACAGGAAAGGUGAUCAUCACGGCUACCGCAAGCGAUAAAUCAGCCCAACACACCACAUGGGUACAGCAAGCAUAGCUGUAUGUAUACUAAGGUCCACGUACAUAUCAGGGGGGUUUAAGGUUUACUGCAACCUGUGUUGGCCUCAAUCACACACCUUUGCCCUGUAAUUUCUGAGGCGUGGGAACUAACGCCCACGAAGUGGCGACAAUUGACCAGAGAGCCGCAAACGAUAUUUCAACUGAUUGUAGUUUGAUAUUGUCACCAAAGCUGAAAGGAUAGACACAAGAAGCUUUCAACUGUACUUAGCAACUGAAACAAUUAUAGAACACAAUUUGUGGACAAUUCGCUUCUUUAUUACCGCAAUUGAAUCGGCGCGAGGCUGCAGUCGCAAAGAGGGGAAUUAUAGAGACCGUCGAAAGGGGCACUACAAUUCAGCAAGGCAGCCCGAAAAUACGAUCAAUGGACCAAGUUAGGUACAUUUUCAGUGAUGCAUGAGCAUUAUAUGCGGGUUAUUCAUUUAGUCGCAUCUACCAGAUCGAUUCUAUCAUUUUGCAUGGGUAUUGAAACUUGCCAGUGUGGGCAAGUGGCGACCAUGAAUGAUGAAAUAUGCGAUAAGCUGGCAGCUCCACUCUUGUGAGGUGUACUUUGUAAGCAGCCUUGCAGAAGAUGUGUGAGAUCUUUAUCUUACGCCAUCCGAGAUGAUGUGUGAAACCCUAAACCUUAACCGUCAAAGAUGUAGGACAGAUAAUCUUAACCAUCAUAGAAUUGAGGACACAGACUCCCAUAGUAGUGCGUCGCUGAGUUGCAAUGUUAUAUUGUAACUCUUGCAACAGUGACCAUGUAGAGCACGUCACUAACAUAGGAACGUACCACGCCACAACUGGGGUGUUUUAUGCCAUGAUCAUGGACGCAUGAACGGUUGACAUAGAAAAUUCGGUACCGCGUUGGCACCAAAGGGCAUGCCUGCGAUGUGGCUUUCACAUGUACCAUCGAUGACACGUGUAAAUUUACACGUAUGCAAUUCUCUAUGUAUAUAUAUAUAACUAUGCCACCUAAUUAUAAUUAUACGUCGAUCCCGCCUCGUAUCAUGCAGGUGUUUAACAUGAAUCGAUUAGUACAAGCGUUUAUCUACCGUUUGUUACUCUGCUACCUUGUUGGCAAAACAAUAGUUUCAUGAUGUAUUGCGAUGAGGUAAUCACAGUUUUCCGUAAACUGCAACCUACUUUCGAGCACGCACAACUCCGACGUAUGGCUUACUGCGCUUAGAUUUUUUUCUUUACUAUAGAGUGCUAAGUGAGAUUUUAGAGACGAGUGCUGAUCAUUCUUCUGAAAUGUGACUGUAAAUCCGUCUAUAUGUCGAUAUAACACAUGAUCAUACAGAGUAUAAAUUUCGGGCAUAUAUUAUAUCAACUCCCUACAGCUUCCAAAUAAAACAAGUCUAUAGUUACAUACUCUUUAUAACGAUAAAAAACGAUGAUAGUCCAAGAAAGUACCUCAGGAUGUCAACUGCGCUAUUUGUCCAGCCUGAAAAAUAAAAGAUUGAGCGAUACGAA